AUGCAGUUCAAGACCGUUCUCGUCGUCUUCAUGGCCACCUACGUGUCCGCCGCAGCCGUCCCGGCCGGCUCCGUGGCAGUCCAGGCUCGUGCGGUUGGCAAGAAUGGCGCAGACUUUGGAACGUGUACCCCUACCAUGGACUUCAAGACUGGCCGGCCGGGCCGAGCGGCCAACCAGGGCACCUUCUUACCCACCGACGCAGUCGUCGCCAAGGGCCAGCAGGACGCUCUCAACCCCGCCAUCAUCAUGAACCGCAUUUGCGACCAGCUCAUAAACGUCUGCAAAGCCAACGCCGAGGCCAGGACCCAGUGCAAGGCUGCCCAGGCAAAGAUUACGGCGCUGGGUACCAAGGACGCGAGCACGGCCACCGCCUUCAACAAGGAACUCGGUUUCUAG